ACAGUAAAAUUUCUCUCUCCUCCAUAGAACACGCAUGCAUAUUCUGCUUUUUCAUCUUAUCUUAAGGAAGCAACAUCAUUUCAUGUUCUAUCCAUCUUGUGAGAACUGAGUGACUCACUGAGUAGUGGGUUGUCGCAGACUGAGUUGAUUGACCUCUCAAAUCACUCGAACACACCACUGUGUGAAGUAGUAGCAAAGUAAUAUAAAAAUGUAAAAGUAGUAGCAAGCAAGCUCUGUUCCCUGUUUCUUUUCUCAGAAAAUUCUUGGGUUCAUCACUCAACCAAGAAAGUUCAAGAAACAAAGAAACAAAAAGCAAAACUUUGGUUUCUGAUUCAAAACCUCACUCUUUUGACCACUCUGCUCAAAAUUCAAACCCUCUCACCCUCCAUUUUCAGACACCCCUCUCUUUUUUCCACGACAAUAAUCUAGGAAUUUGAUUCUCCUUCUUUUCCCUUUCCACUACACACACAUCUAUACAUCUAUGUGUAUUUCUUCGUGUCUUAAUUUCAGCUUUUCUUUGACAAACACCCCCCCCCCCCCCCCCCCCACCCAAAAAAAAAAAAAAAAACAUAGAUUUGGGGGCUCCAGAGUCUUGGAAUGGGAUUUUCCUACAUUUUCUCUUUCAUUUUCUUGGUGGGUUUGAUUUUCCCACAAGGGUUUUCCCUUCUUGUUGAAGACAAGCAAGCAUUACUUGAUUUCUUGGAAAAAUUUUCUCACUUGAGGUAUAUCAACUGGAAUGAGUACUCCUCUGUGUGUAAGCACUGGACUGGCGUGACUUGCAGUGAUGAUGGGUCUCGAGUCAUCGCCGUCCGAUUACCCGGAGUCGGAUUUCACGGCCACUUUCCGGUGAACACUCUCGGCCGCCUCUCGGAGCUUCAGAUCUUGAGCCUCAGAUCCAAUGGUAUCACUGGUUCUUUUCCUUCUGAUCUCUACAAUCUCAAAAAACUCUCAUUUCUUUAUCUUCAGUACAACAAUUUUUCAGGUUCAUUGCCAUUCAAUUUCUCUGUUUGGAACAAUCUAACCAUUGUUAAUUUGUCCCACAAUUCAUUCAAUGGUAGUGUACCCAAUUCUAUGUCGAAUCUAACCCAUCUCACAGCUUUGAAUCUUGCUAACAACUCACUUUCUGGUGAAAUACCCAAUCUCUAUUUACCAAAUUUGGUGCAACUCAAUUUAUCUAAUAACAAUCUCACUGGCAUUGUGCCCAAAUCGCUUCAAAAGUUCCCUACUGGUGUGUUUGAUGGCAACAAUGUUUCGUUUUAUAAUAAUUCAACUCCUUCUGGUUCACCUGUUCUUUCUUCAUCCAGUCAAGAAAACCCGAAACCCAAAAAUGUUGGAAAAUUAAGCGAAACAGCUUUACUGGGGAUUAUAGUGGCUGGUUGUGUUGUGGGUUUGAUUGGGUUUGUUGUGUUGUUGCUUGUUUGUUGCUUAAGAAGAAGAGGUGAGGAUUUGUUUUCAGGGAAGUUGGAGAAAGGUGGAAUGUCGCCUGAGAAAGCGAUUUCACGGAGCCAAGAUGCGAGUAAUAGGUUGUUUUUCUUUGAGGGUUGUAACUAUGCUUUUGAUUUGGAGGAUUUGUUGAGGGCCUCAGCUGAGGUAUUGGGAAAGGGGACGUUUGGGAUAGCUUAUAAAGCAAUUCUCGAGGACGCAAAUAUGGUGGUGGUGAAGAGGUUGAAGGAGGUUGGUGUUGGGAAGCGAGAGUUCGAGCAACAAAUGCAGUUGGUUGGGAGUGUCAAGCAUGAGAAUGUGAUCGAGCUAAGGGCGUAUUACUAUUCAAAGGAUGAGAAGCUAUUGGUGUAUGAUUAUUGCAGCCAAGGAAGCGUUGCUGCAAUGUUGCACGGUAGAAGUGGGGAGGAUAGAAUCCCAUUAGAUUGGGAAACCCGACUACAAAUAGCCAUCGGUGCAGCCAAAGGCAUCACUCGGAUCCAUGCAGAGAAUGGUGGGAAACUUGUUCACGGCAACAUAAAAUCCUCAAACAUCUUCCUCAACUCUCAGAAGUACGGUUGUGUGUCAGAUCUCGGGCUGUCAACAAUAAUGAGCCAACUAGCACCGCCAAUUGCCCGUGCUGCCGGUUAUCGAGCCCCAGAAGUGACCGACACUCGAAAAGCUUCACAACCGUCUGAUGUCUACAGUUUUGGCGUGCUGUUAUUAGAGCUCCUCACUGGCAAGUCCCCGGUCCAUACCACAUGUGGUGAUGAGGUCAUCCAUUUGGUCCGGUGGGUCCACUCAGUAGUCAGAGAAGAAUGGACAGCUGAAGUGUUUGACUUAGAGCUAUUGAGGUAUCCAAACAUAGAGGAAGAGAUGGUGGAGAUGUUGCAAAUAGCAAUGGCAUGUGUGGUGAGGAUGCCGGACCAGAGGCCUAAAAUGGUUGAUGUGGUGAAAAUGAUUGAAAAUGUCCAGCAGACGGAUAAUUAUGUGAAUCAGCUGUCAUCUGAAGCCAAAUCUGAAAAUUCAAUGCCACCAGAACUUGUUUCUGUGUUGGAAUCCUCAUCAAGCCCAAAUUGAGUGACCAUUUUGUCGCUGUUUGGCUCCAACUGUUUGUGUUGUAACUUGUGUUAUCAUUUCAACUUUCGACACAUCUUUGAAAUGUUGUUUGUUUCACCCUCUAGGUGAACUGAAUUCUUGAUGUUUUUGUAGACCCGAUCUUGGUGAGUUUGGCCAGGUUAUGCAUCGAUAUAUUAGCGUGCCUUUGGGCGCCUAUCGGAAGUUAUUUUGUGAUCUGA